AUGCGACAGUCCUGGCCAAGGCAGCAUCAAUGUGAUGCUUGCUCAAGGCCCUGGGCAACAUCACCGUGCACGGAUGUUGCGACCUGAGCGGCAACCCCGACAUCGUCAUCGAGGUCAGUGUCGGCCAGGAUCGUUCGUUCUUGAGUUCCACGCCCGAAGCUCUGCAGGGUCUGGCGUUGUGCAUUCAGUCCGAUACCAUCGUCAGCUACGCCGUGAAAGCUGAACCGACUCGUCGCAUCAUAGUUCAGCAGUUCAUGACUUCCCCCAACCACGCAGGCGCCCAGAUGCCUUCCGACCCGCCACCCUCGAGUACCACGUGGCUGCCGUUGGGCCCCGAACGUUUCUACGCUGAUGGCUUCCGUGCAGCAGUCGAGUGAGACUGCCAAGGCUCCUUCUUCUGGCAAAGCCGGGUGGGCGCGCGACAAGCUGCUGGACGCCGCGCGGCGCACUAGCGUCGCGCGCGGCGACGACGAGAAGACCACCAUCCAGAUCGACACCGCGACGUCCGAUGGUGAGGCAACGGUCUCUUGCUCUGUUCCACAGGGGGCUUGGCGCGACCUCGCAACGCUGCGGGCGGACAUCCAUCAAAUCACGGCCUGCUUCGCCCACGCGGCCAACCAUGUCCACGUCCAGCCCGGGUCUGCGGCUGGGCCAGAUGCAGUAGCGAAGGGCGUGGACAUCAAGCCCGAGGUCAAGAGGUGCGUGGAUAUGCUCCGUUCAGCUACGGUGGAGUCCGUGGAGAAGCUGGAGAGGGACGGCGAUCAACCCGCCGAGCUAUACAGUCAGUUGCGGCUUAACAUGCACGCCCUGAUGGCAUUCUCGCAGCGCGCGGUUCUCACGACCGACUGGGUCGCCAAGGAAAUCUUCCUGAAGUUCGUCGACUCUGCCACAACCUACGCAAUGGUCGUUCAGAAGUUCACCCCUCCACUGCAAGCAUCGUGAGCAACGCGAAGUUCAACGAGGCCUGGGUCAAGAAGCACCUGCUUAACUAUGAGCACCUGGACUUUUUACACGAUGGCGUUCCGAAGGUGCACACCUACUUGGAUAAUCUCGGUUUCCUUCACAAGCACUGGUCCAUCGCGCCCCCGAUCAACGAGGACACUCCAGUGCAAGAGGCCAUCGAUACCUUCGAGAGCAUUUACAACGAGGCUCGGAGGGUGGUCGCGACCAUCGCUGCCCUCUCGGUGCUGCUUGGCAAUAUGACGAAGAAGAAGGAAGAGGGGAACGCUCUGUUCCUGCUGCUGAACAAGAGGGCCGAUUUGCCAGAGACAGUGACUGCGGAGCUGAUGGCCCUCGCUGGCGAGGCCCCGCCCGGGCCCGCCAAGAAAUGAUGGUGCUGGGGCGUUCAGGAUAGCGAUGCCGUUUCAUUAUCG